GCGUAACUUGAAAGGCUUCGUAACAGUUAAUUGCAUGAAUAACUUCUAGGUAGCGCAUGACUUUUAAUUGUGCUUUAAUGAAAGAUGAAAUUAUAUACCGUCAUUCUCUAUACGUCGGAUCGUUCCCUGUUGACGAGCAGGACAAUGUAUGCAGAGCUCAAAAAGUCCAAAAGGAACUUGAAUCAUUAAGAUGCUUUACACGUAGCAAGUCUGUGAUCGUGUGUGUUUCCAUUAGUGGCAUAAAAAUAUGUUCAGACGAUCUGAAAAUUGUUUAUAUGGCCCAUGCUCUUCGCAGAAUAUCGUACGCUACUUGUGAUGCCGUCCACAAACAAGUCGCAUUUUUGGCGAGAGAACCAUCAGGGUUUGGUAAUCUACAAUAUUGCCAUGUGUUUGUGACGGAAUCGCCGUGUGAUGCGGAAGAAUUAAAUCGGCUGAUUGGAAACGCCUUCAAAUUUGCCUAUGUUCGACAGCGCCUUAUUAAGCUUCAUCAAGCUGGAAAACAUGAUUUUUCCACUCCAGUAAAUAUACCUCAACUUAGCGAUUGUCAUCCUGUUUGGCUUCCUCAAACUGAACGAAAUCCCAACAGUCUUUCUUUGUUAAGCACUCUUAAACUCCCCCCACCUCCAGAGUUCCCUCCCCCCGUUUCAAUCGAAAAUGGAACUACAGCCGAACGGCAAACUAAUCUGUCGUCUCCUGGCACCCAUUACACCAAUACAGAUGUUAUUUCAACAUGUGAUGAUCCUGUCGCUAGUACUAGCACUAUUAUGUCUACUUUCUGCCAUGAUUCACUCGAAUCAUCUACUGUAAAUAUGUACAAAAAAGGCAUUAUUAAGCAUGAAUCUUUACCUGUGACAGUAGAAAAUCCAACAACUUCAUCCUCUUCGUCAGAUAACGAUCCUAACCAACUUUCUGUUCAUUCAGAUUCUGUACUAGUCAGAGAUAAAGGACUAAACAAUAACAGUCAGUCUAAUAAAGAUGCUAGUGAACUGGAGAAAAAACUUCACCGCAUUUCGACUCCACAAGCCAUAGAUUUGGCGUUCUUACGUCGUCAUUUUCUUCGACGAAGUGAGGGCAAAGGAUCUGAAAACCCCAAAAAUGUCUGUGGUGGUAGUGCCAGGCAACCCCGCUUACGCCAAGGUUCAACUCUCUCAAAUCUCCUGUCGUCUGCACGGCAUAGCUCAUUUUUUCCAAGCUCUUCUAGUUGUGUUAUUGACAGUACAAAUAUCCUCCCCAAAACUUCACAGUCACAAGAAACUCCGGAUGUGUCUGAUAUAUUGAACACUCCUAACCCCACUCGCAGACCACCUAUAUUUGUGGAUCUCCGUACUUUUGCCGGAGGAAGUCCAGUUGUUGCACUAAAAGAACGUUUGGAUGCUCAAGCUAUUGCAGAUGCUAAGGCAUCUGCUUUUGCCGAGGCUGCGGCUGUCCUUGCAGCUGCAAAACAGGUGUCAUCCAGGUCCUUAGCUCCUUUGCAGCCAGUCACGAACAAUACCUCAAAAAAUGUAGAACAGCUGACUAAACCAACAAUGUGUCCUAUUACCAGUCGUACUCCGAACUCGUCAUCCAGUGGAAAUUCAUCAUCGGUAGAAACUUCCGAUUUAUCUCCACCUAUACCACCAGUCAGAAUGCAUUCACUCAGGAGGAGUCAUGAACAGUAUAACUCAAAGAAUUUUUCACCUCAUUUAUCAACUUCCAGUCCUGUACCUGAAGACUUAUUUAAUGAAUUAGAUAAAGACGAAGAUCGUGAAAUUGUAGAGUCAAUCGAAGCUGUUAUGAAAGCAGCAUCAUAUGAUUCAAAUAGUCCAAAAGAAACAAAACCAAAGCAUCAAAAUACAGAAUGCAAUCCUUCCAACAUUACUUCAUAUCGUAACACUACUUUAUUGGUUGAUGUCCCUGAUGUACCUUGUCAUUCAAAGGAUUUCAAGCAGCAAUAUAUAGAUGGUUCAAGGAUUUCCCAACUUAGUGUUUACAAGCAAACUCAAAAUAGUACUAGAUCAUCAGAAUUUCAUGGAAAUAUACACGUCUCUUCUGGAAACUCUCAUCUUCUUGGUAAUAUGGGCUCUCAACCUCAACCACAGUAUCCUUUUGAACAACUUAUUGAACUCAAUCGAAGUGAUACCCAACAAGAAAAACCUCAUUCAUAUACACCUGAUAUGAAUUUUGUUAGUUCUUCUUUACAUGAUCCACUCCAAGUUUUGGCCGAUACAACAUUUCAAGAUACACAUAGAAAGCAACUAUUUCCUUCAACCGUAUCUAGCAAUGUUCGUGUUAUGCCUACACCAGGAUCGAUAAUGUCGACGUCAUCACUUUCAACAGAGACUCCAACACCAACUGCCACUCCUACACCAACUCCUGAACAAACCUCUCAGUUUCAGGGAUGUAAUAAAAAUGCUGGUGAUAGUGAUAAUUCUUUAAAUCAAGCGCCUUGGUUUCAAGCUAUGCUACCCAGAGAAAUAGCAUUUGAAUUACUCGCUAAAGAAGAGGUUGGCAGCUUUUUAGUUCGCAACAGCGCUACUCAUCCUGGUUGUUGUGCUUUAUCUGUUCGAGUACCAAAUAAGGAUAAUCCUAUAGGAAUAACCCAUUACUUGAUACAAAAAACGAAUCGAGGCGUUCGGUUAAAGGUCAGAUAUUUUUUCCUAGUGUAUAUCUUAAUUGUUCAUAUUUUUCAGUAGCGUUGAUACUUUUUAAAACAUUGUUUUUCUAUGAUGUCCCAGUUUACUAGCUGUUAUUCUAUUCAUAUUUGCGUUUCAUCCAUCAAUAAAACCCACUUCUAUUACAAGUAAUGAAUUAUUAAUAGUCGGUUUUCUUAUUAAUGUGAUUCAAUGGACAUACAUACCAAUAAGUAUUGGUUGAGUAUAUUUGGAAGAUUCAUUGUCUUUCGAAUGUUUUUCGCACUUUCAGGUAGCAAUACAAUGUUCCAUAUUUUGUCAGUGAUCCUUUCAAAUGUUAUUAUAAGAGUGGCUAUAUUUUGAAAUAAUAGACGAAAAACCGUGCAACGUUUCUUCAGUCUAAUUAUUUAGGGAAAUCUUGAAAUGGUAUCCACAUUGCACAUACCUUCUGGGUGUACUUCUUUAAGAUUUACAGAUCAAUAGCAUCUCUUAAUGUAUAUGUUAAUGAGUUAAGAUUGUUUGAAAUUAGAAAUCAGUGUUAACCUAAGAAAAUAUAGUCAUUUAACCAAGGGGCUAAUUAUAGAUUAAUAUGUGCUCAGUAGCAUGCAUUUGUGGUGAAUUUUGAACUAUUUUAAAGUAUUUAAUUAGCCUCUUUCAUAUUUGAAUCUAUCUUAUCGAAAUAGUUUACACUCAAGUAAUGUGACAAACUUUUAACCUCAUUGCAAUUUAUACAUGUGAGUCUAAUCAGUAAUGUUUGAGUUUCUUGUAUUGUAUUUAGUUAUCAAGUUUUACAUUUUUGACGUCAACCACUGGUGGUGAGAGCAAAUACUAUUUACACUAAUCAAUUUAAUUUAAAUGCGAUUCCGAUUAAUUAAUGAAGCAUAGAAUGAUAAAAAUAAACAAGAUGGGUUGUUUCAGUGAAAAUAUCUGUUUUCAGUAAAUUCGCUCAGUGAAUUCCUUUCGUUUAUUUAGGAAAAAAAAUAUACUAUGACGUAAUAGUUACUUGUUAGUAAUAUAGUUAGAUAACAUUACAUAAAUAUCGUACAGAGUUUCGCCUUUUAUUUGAUAGUCUAACUAUUCCUUAGAGUAACGUCUGGAUUAUAUUUAAUCAUUUUCGUUAAUUUAAUUUUGAAAGUGCUCUUUAAAUUAUAUUUACAUUAAUAAGUGAAUGGUGUAACUAAUUUUGCCCGGGGAAGUUUUAUUAAUAUAUUGCUUAGAUUUAUUUUAAUCACUUUUCUCAGAACUGAAAUAUCAGUGAUAGUAUUAUAUAUGCAUAUAUGUGUCAGGUUCUACGUUGCAUAUGACUGACUGACUAAGAAUUUCUUCAUGAAUUCAAGAAUCCCUGAUAUCUGAAAAGUUUGGUGUUGCUGAUUUACACAAUGAAUUUAUUAUAUCCAUUUGUUAUACAUGUAUUUUUCACUUUAUAACUCAAUUACAUAAAGAAAUCAAAUUUUCAAUACUUAGAUUCAUUCAUGAUAAUAAAAGUUUUAUGCAUGUACCCGUAACUUGAUAAAAGUUUUUUUUAUUGAGACAAUGCUAAUCUGAUCAUUUUGUAUGGGGUUUUCUUACAUUGAUAUCUAGUUUAAGCAUUUAGUUUAAAAUAUGCUUGUCUCUAUUUUGUAGCGUUAGAUUUAUUCAUAUAUUCAUAAGCUUACAUUAAUAAAUGUAUAAAGCUUACUUUUAUAUAAAAUUUAUCUUUAAAAGGGUUUGGACAAGGAGUGGCCAUCCCUACAAGCUCUCGUUACUCAUUUGACUGUCAUUCCAGAGAUGCUACCAUGUCCUCUCAAGCUUCCACAAUAUACUGCUAAUCCCAUCUUUACACAGUUUGAUCUGCAAUUGACAAAUGGCCCAUCAAACGAAAUUCCCAAGCAACUCGUAGCUAUAACAUCAAAUCAUCACAAACAGAAGUGGGCGAAAAUAAUCGUGUCACCAACGCAGACUUAUCCAGUCACCAUCCCCAGCGUACAUUCAUUCAGUCGCAGAUCUUCCUUGUAGACCAGUCCUACCAUCAUGUGCUACUAUUUCUCAUUUCAGCCCUGCUAAUCCUUUUGACCAAAACUUAUCAUCCCACAACAUGAUAGCAAAAGAUCCACCUGUACUUGGCAGUUAUCAAGUAUCAAAUUUAUCACAAUGCAAAUCACAAAUGCCUAAUUGGUUAAUGAAUCAAUUAAAUAAUGAUAGUAAUCAUUCGUCAACUAAAAAUUCAGCAGACAGUUCAAAUCAAAUAUCAUUGAAAACAGAUUGUAUUCAUUGGAAGCAGAACUCCGUAGAUUUAGCAUGUAUUUCUCAGUCUGAGUACAUAGAUGAACAACGGUUUAUGAAUGAAACUAAUAACAGAAAUAAUCGAAAAUUAAGUUAUACAACAAAUGAUUUAUCAAAAAAUAAUGCUUGUUUAUUGCUAGAUUACGCAGAAGAAGAUGAAGAUUAUCAGCGUUUGUCCGAUUUUUCUUCCAUAUUGGCUGAUUUAAAUCUUGUGCAUGAAAGACCUUUGACUAGUUGUUAGUGGGACUUUUCCAAUCAUACUACUUACAUUAUACUAUUUGUUAAUAUUUAUUCUAUAUUAAAUUCAUUUCAGCCACAUCAUUCAUAUUCUAUCAUAGCUACUUUCAUAGUUCAUAAUUUGUAUAUUGAAGAAGUAAAAUGGUCUAUUUACGAUAUAACUUUAUUUAUUUAUUUAUUUCUCUUUGAAUCACUGAAUUAAAAUGUUUGGUAGUAGUUUUUUAUUAUGUACAAUGGUUCAAACUACCAUCACCAUAAUUCUCAAUAAGCUCACAUGAAAUUGUAUCUGUUUUUACAUGAAUACAAUAUUAAUGUGUUUAUCUCAUAUCUUUCAUUUGUCUUAUUUGCCAUUCCUAAUGGUUGUUGUUAUUACAUGAAUGUCAGGUUAGGUUACUUGAAUUAUUUUGCUACCUCUGUUGGAUAAUAUUCUGUAAUUGGUUUCUUAUUGUUGUUUUCUCUGUGUAAUAUAUAAACUGGGAGACUUAUUUGCCAUUCGUCUUAGUUAGAUCUUUGCCUGCAUAUAAUAUAUACAACCACGAGCAUAAACUUCUAUAAAUAUAUCGUGUUCUAGUUCUUAUCAUUAUUACAAUGCAUAAAAGAGAUUUUCUAAUUUGGCCUUCCUUAUUUGUAUGCAAGUCUUUUGUUUUCGUUUCGUUUUUUUGCUUACUUCUCUGUUGUCACUUCAGAUCAUACAAAAAACUCAUUAUGAGACAAUGACAGAAUGAGAUUCCUC